GGUUCGAAAUUCCACGUCUGCUAAGGAGAGUCUUUCCUUCGCACUUCCUCCUUGUCGAUUCCGUACAGGUUCGGGCAUGGAUCAAAGCGACGAAGGACAUUUGAAAAAGGUUAGCAGUGUGAAUCUUGAUAAACUCAUCAAUGACUUCUUACAGAUAGAGAAGAAAAUGAUAGAAACCAGUGGAAAAAAUAGUAUACUCGACAUUCAGUUGGAAAAGACUAACAAUUUAUUGAAAGUACUGCAAACAAAGGAGGUCUCAAUUAAAGAAGAAUGUGCCACUCUUCAUAAUAUGAUAAAAGGGCUUCAGCGAACCAUUGAAUAUCAACACAAUUUGAAAGGUGAAAACGAAGAACUAAAAAAAAAUGCUGAUCUUAUGAAAGAGAAAUUAAAAUCUCAUGAACAGGAAUAUAAGAAUAAUAUUGCCAAACUUGUAAAUGAAAUGAAAAUCAAAGAGGAGGAACAUAAGAUAGAAAUAAGCAAACUUUAUCAAGAGAUGCAGAAAAAAGUUGAAUUAAAUGAAGAAAAGCACAGAGAACUAAUAGAGAAAAAGGAAAUGGAAAUAUCAGAGUUAAAUGAAAAGUUAAGAACUCAAGAAAAGGAAAAACAAAGUGAAAUGAUCAAACUACAGCUAGAGCUUGAUGCCAAACUAGCAAGAGUGCAAACCAAACCAAAACCAUAUCCAAAUUCGGCUAUUUUGCCACAAACUAUCUACAGAAGGAAGCUUCAACAUCUUCAAGAAGAGAAAAAUAAGGAAAUUGCAGUUCUUCGUAAUACCAUUCGCAAUUUAGAGCAACGUCUUUCUGUUGGCAAAGAUUCUCACCUUCAUCGUAGACGGUUUUGAGCAUAGUAGUGAAUCUGUAGUUGCUAUUUAAUUUCUUUCAAAGUAACUGAAAAGUUCCCUUCCAUUUUCAAUAUAAACAUACUGCCUAAAAAUGACACCAAAAAACAGCUUUAAACUUUUUAAAGUUGAGUUUAUUUAGACAAGUCUAUACCUUUACCAUUUGUGUACUGCUUUCUUGCUUAGCAGUAUUAACCAUAAAGGAGUUCAGGUUUAUAGGAAUUAGUUGCCUAUUGAACCAUCAUUGACUAUGGAAAUACUUUCUAAGCAGUC